AUGACACUGCAGCCGUUCAGUGACGAGCAAUUGAAUUUCUUCAAGUUCUCGUCGUUAGUGUUAAAUGAAUUCCCAAAAGCCUUACGGCAGACCUUUAAAACCAUGUGGGACAACACCUAUGGAGGUCGCCCUGGUUUCCAGCUCUGGGAUGAUUCAACUGCUGUGAGAAAUUUGUUUGCUACUGCAGAGGGCGGCAGGACUAAAGUUCCUAUUGGCCAGUCUUACAAUGAAUGGGAUUGCACCAAUCUGUUCCAGGCUACAAUAUUUUCGAGGUCUUUUGCAUUAUCAGCCAGCACAGGAUCCUACUCCACGCUUAGUGAUUUGUACGUGAAACCCCGUGCCUUACCUCAUGGUAGUUUCCACGCAUGUGUGCUCAGCUCGGGUGGAAACAAUGAGGAGACCUUUGCACUUGCCGUAGAUCAGCUUCGCCUUCUUAGAAAUUCACUUUGUCACUCAGCAAGUUCUAACAUGAACAAACUCACCUUUGACCAGCGCGUGAAUUACGCCAAAGAUGCGUUUCAAGCCCUUGGUCUUUCAACAGCCCCAAUCGACUUCGUUGGUAGUUUGACAGAGUCGGACUUUCCUACAAAUGAAGUUCGUGCAUUGGAAACGCGACAACGAGACGAGACUCGAGCGUACAUCAGCUUUCUCGAGGAAGUGAACUCAGAUGUUGGUGAGGUAAAAGCGUUAUUACAGGCAUUAAAAACAGGACAAGAACAGCAGUAUAUUGCGAACAAAGAAUUCGUAACUAGGUUGGAGAAGAAGAUGGAUGAGUUGAAAGAAGGACAACGCGAACGUGAUGCUCGAAGUAAAAAUUCAGGUAUAAGUAAAAAAAGAACAUUGAAAACCUAACCGAGAUACAUGUAGAUUGUACUGAGGUGGGCCUUUGAAGUCAUUCAAAGCAUCCAGUUAGUUAAAGCGACACUGUAUUAAAUAAUUGACGACGGGUGUUAGAAUUUUAACAGAAACAAGGAAAACCUGCAAAGCAAGUGUUUCCGGGCGAGUUUCUUCGCUCACGUUCCAACGUUCGCCACAAACUCGCUUGAACACGGUUGCUAAAAAAGGCCAUCUCCUGUAUGACAGGCUUUCGCCCCUUAUUUUCUCCUUAUGACACCACUUUAAAAGUUUUUAAGACUUAAAAAAUGCAACAAAAAAAAAUUCGACGUCUUGUNGUUCGCCACAACCUCGCUUGAACACGGUUGCUAAAAAAGGCCAUCUCCUGUAUGACAGGCUUUCGCCCCUUAUUUUCUCCUUAUGACACCACUUUAAAAGUUUUUAAGACUUAAAAAAUGCAACAAAAAAAAAUUCGACGUCUUGUCAUGAAUGUAACAACGCAGGAAAAGAAAAUUAAUCAAAACCAAAAUUUUCCGAGGGGCAGGCAUUCCUGAAUCUUCAUUUUUUUGCUUGAAUUGCAGUUUUAAACUCUUUUGAAAGACCGUCAUUUCUGACUUCCACAACGGAUAAAGCCACUUAUUUAUUUACCUAAGCAUGUGUCUCCCGCUUACUUUUUAUGUCCGUUGUUUUUUCCUUUAAAGGUACGAAGCCAUUUUUCUUAAGUGCUGCUCUUCCUUCCGUGGUUCCUAAUUUUACAGGUCGUCAGAGCGAGUGUGAGGAGAUCAUCAGACACGUGACUUCCGAGUCUACCCGACUGGUGUCGAUCUGCGGUUCACCUGGAUUCGGAAAAACGUCUGUCGCGAUUGCAGUGGGACACGCUGUUCAGUCUCGAGGAAUUCCUGUUUAUUGGAUCUCAUUACGAGGACUCCAUUCCAAAGCAGAUCUAACUUCAAAGUUUCUUAGUUUUCUGAGGCAACCCACCACACAUACCAAACUGCCCGAUCAGCGUUUAUCCAUUAAUGAUGAGAUUUGCCUACUAUUCAGUGAAAUUUCAAAGCCAUCUGUAGUUAUUCUUGACAAUGCAGAUGAUUUGCUAGAAACUGGUUGCCCGAAAUUAAAGGAAGAGACCAUACAACUUUUUGGCGAAAUUCUUAGGCGAAAUCAAAAGGUUACAUUUGUUAUAACCGCAAGAGAGUCUCUUGACUAUAUGGACCUUGAUUUUCAAGGCCAUUGGGAGUUAAGAAUAAAACCACUGGAUGACGCCUCUGCUCAAACUCUGGUUUCUGAAUUACUUCCAAAUGCAGGCGUUGCAGACUCCACUCAAAUCGUGCACAUCUGUGGACAAGUCCCUUUAGCCAUGAGAUUAAUGUGUUCUUUAGUAUCUGAAGAAGACAGUGCUCAACCGCGCCAUUUUCUAGAUGUUUUCAUGACGUCUUCGACAGCAGGUCUCGUUGGAAUGUUGGACAAUCCAGAUUACCCAGCUAGUCACCGAUUACAGUUCUUGUUUGACUCCUCUUUCCAGAGACUAACAGCGCAUGAACAAGAAGCACUUGUAUCUUUGAGCAUCCUUCCCGACAACUUUAGCACAGAGAUGGCGGCAGCUGUUUUAGGUAAGACGGGGACUAUCGAAUCGAUGAAGAUAUUACAAAGCUUUCGCAGGAAAUCGCUGAUCGAUUCAAGCUCUAAUCCGGGGGCAUUCACAAUGCACAAGCUUCUCCAAUUGUUUGCAAUAGAAAAGGGAGAACAAGAGAUGAAAGAGACGAUUGUCGAUUCUCAGGGUCGUUUAAAAGCGUUCUACAUUUCACUAUUUGAGAAGCUAAAUCAACAAUUCCUUACAGGGCAUUCAAUGGCUGCAUAUACUGCAUUUUACGAAGAUAAGGAAAGCAUCAUUCAAAGUCUAGUGGAGGGCUGUUCAGAUUUCAAAACAGCUGACAGUGUUUUCGAUAUUUUGGUAAGAGGGGAGAUGUUUCUUGAUUCACUCUUUUGGAGUCCGAGUGAAGGUAAAAACUUUGAUUACGUAUACGAUGCAGCCAUAAAAGGAGCCAGUGAACAUAAGAAGGAAAAAUAUCUCAGUCAACUCCUUACCUCCCGAGCUUUCAAAGAGCUAGCGUACGGAACAGGAGGAAAGACAAAAUAUUUUCUUUCUAAAGUGAAUGAAAUUCAAGACGCAUCCCCCAAUGUCCCUUUACACGAAAGAGGCAAGUACUUGUGCUACUUGGGAAUCAGUUACCUUUUUACAAAGGAAACAAAGAUCGGAGUCGAGUGCUUAAAGAAGGCUCUGUCAUCACUUGACAAUUGCAAAAACCCAGAGCAAAAAAUUCUUAAGCUUCUUAUUUUUCAGAUACUUACCGUUUAUUAUCGGUCCCUGAAUGACUUCUCUAACGCAAGUAAGUUUUAUGACAAGGCACUAAUCGAAUGCAGUGGAGUUGGGGAUUUGGAUCUACUUGUCAUCUCAUCGAUGAUAAGGGAAACAAAGGAAACUACCAAUAAAAUUCAUUUUCAUAGCGACUCGGAAGUCUGUCGAAAUCAACCGCUUAAAUGCGAAAUUGCCUUUCUAUUAAGCGAAGCAACCAAGUCCUUUUCUGAUUCUGACACCAACCAAUAUACAAGCAGCCUGGUUCUCCAGAUACUACAAAGUGUUGAAAGAGAAGUUAAAAUUUCAGUUGGUUUGCUUAGUUUCCAAAGAAUUGUGACGCACGUUUUGUGGCUUUUAAGUUCUGAAGACCCUGUAAAACUAUACAUCUCAAGAAUCAAUUACCACCAAACACUACUGAAAAAAUGCAAAAACAGUUCAUGUGGGCUGAAAGAAGAAUCAAGCGGCUUUAUCCAUAUACAAAAUGAGGCACUUGCCAAGAGCUACGAAGACCUGGCUGAAGUUUACAAGAAAAAACUGAACUACCCAGAAGCUCUACAAGCACUCCAGGAAGCCCUUUUGGUAAGAAUAACGCAUUUUGGAGAGCAACAUGAAAGCACUGCUGACAGCUACACUUCACUCGGGGUCACACAACACGCAAUGCAUGACUACAAAGCGGCUCUUCAGUCUCACCACCGUGCAUUAGCUAUACGCAUUAAACUGUUUGGAGAAGAACAUGAAAGCACUGCUGACAGCUACAUAGGACUCGGUACAACACAGCACGAAAUGCAUGACUACAAAGCAGCUCUUCAGUCUCACCAGCGUGCAUUAGCUAUACGCUUUAAUCUGUUUGGAGACGAACAUGAAAGCACUGCUGACAGCUACAGCAAACUCGGUGUUACACAACACGCAUUGCAUGACUACAAAGCAGCUCUUGAGUCUCACAAGCGUGCAUUAACUAUACGCAUGAAACUGUUUGGAGAAGAACAUGAAAGCACUGCUGACGGCUACAGCAAACUCGGUGUAACACAACACGAAAUGCAUGACUACAAAGCAGCUCUUCAGUCUCACCAGUGUGCAUUAGCUAUACGCAUUAAACUGUUUGGAGAAGAACAUGAAAGCACUGCCGACAGCUACAAGACACUCGCUACAACACAACACGAAAUGCAUGACUACAAAGCAGCUCUUCAGUCUGACCAGCGUGCAUUAGCUAUACGCAUUAAACUGUUUCGUGAAGAACAUGAAAGCACUGCUGACAGCUACAGGGCACUAGGUGUAACACAACACGCAAUGCAUGACUACCAAGCAGCUCUUCAGUCUCACCAGCGUGCAUUAGCUAUACGCGUUACACUGUUUGGAGAAGAACAUGAAAGCACUGCUGACACCUACGUGGAACUCGGUGUAACACAA